CAGUCGCUCGUCAAGUCGCUUCGGUUGUGGUCGAGUGUCGCGUUUUGCCUUGUCUUCUGGGGGUUUUCGGAUAGAGUGGAGGAUUUUUUUCUGCUUGUGAUUGAGGUGUUUUUUUUUAUUUUGUCUUUCCGAAUGGGGUUGUUGCAUUAGCUGCAGGUGCUACAUAAGAGGCGAGGGUGGAAGAAAAAGAAGAAACGGAAGAAAGCAAGGCUGUGCAUGGGAUGAUUACAGCCCCCGAAAAGUGUGCGCGCGUGUGUGACGGUGUGAAAGCUCGGUCUAGUUUUUUGUUAGGGGGUGAUAAUGGUAAUGGAUAGAAGUUUACAAUAGAGGCGAGAACACACACCGGGAGGCAAAACUAAUCAGUGAGGAUGACCGUUAUCUGAUACACUCUAGCUGAUGAAAAGAUUACUGUCUGUUUGGGUAGUAUCGAAGGGAGAGAAUAAGAAGAAGAAAAAAAGCGUGAAGUUGAAAUUGAAAAGUUUACCCGUGCGUUGCUAAUUCGGGAUUUGUGAUUGUUCGCCGCCGAGGAUCAACACUGGCAGCGACGUGAGAAGAAAGUUUUUUGCCUGAUUAUCCGUGCAGAGCGUCUUCGGUGGCUCUGAUGUGCCACAAGGCAAGGCGCUAGUGAAGAUUGAUGGUGUGUGGGUGGUGCUCGGAUGGAUCACAUUCUGCUCGGUAAAAAUACGGCCCGGACCUGAGAGGAGAAGGAAACAUCGCACGACAAAAGUCCCACCAGCAAACCCUGCCGUUGAAGCGAAAAACGGACACCGCUUUUGUGUGGGAGUGGGAGUGUUUGUGUUUGUGUUUGUGUUUGUGUGCCAGUGUGAGUGGGUUGUGUGAAAAUCGUCAAAUUCCCCCCGCCGGAUAGAGGCAUAUAGCAGGCGGCAAAAUGUGCGUUCCGGUGUUUUACCACAGCAAGCUGUGAGUUUGAAAAAAAAGUGAAACGAAAAAAAACUGCUUCUGUUUUGCGAGACCUGAGGGGCGGCGGAAAUGAAAGUGAAGCAACCCCGCCGGAAAAGGAUGUUUCACGCGGUUGACGUUGCUGACCGAGGGGCUGCUCGGGUGUGAUCGCGGGACCCGCGUAAACGGAUCGAACAGUAGAGCAGCACAAACGCAAAAGGGGCCGGAGAGAAGAAAAGGUGACCAGGGACGGCCCGAAAAUGCUAAUCAAGGCCAACGCUUGGAUUUAUGUGCUCCAGCUUGUGGUGAUGAAAGUAUCCUACCACGUGCAGGGACUGGACAGCGUUCACAUCCAGGUCCCACAGGCGGUAAGUUUGGGCGGUUCUGCCGUGCUAAUCUGCGAGUGUGACCUGCCGGACGAGGACCUGUACUCGGUCAAGUGGUACAAGGGAAAGCACGAGUUUUUCCGCUACACCUCGAAGGAGAUUCCAUCGAUCAAAAUCUUCCCGAAGGCGGGAAUCAGCGUUAAUGUCAACCACUCGAACGCAAGUCACGUUAUUUUGUCCAACGUCGAGCCUCCCACCAGUGGGAAGUACAGUUGUGAAAUAACGGAGGCGGCACCCUCCUUCCACACUCAGAUAGUAACUAGAGAAUUGCAUGUAGUAGAUUUACCCAAAAGCGAUCCGGUGAUAGUGGAUAUGAAGCCGUAUUACGGUGCCGAUGAGUUUCUGGAGGUUGAAUGCAUAUCAAACGAAUCACUGCCAGCGGCUCGGCUCGAAUGGCUCAUCAAUGAUCAACCACUGGGCAAGAUUCAACCCCCGUCCAGGCUGGAGUUUUUCACCCUACCGGCGAAUAGUAGUGCUAGCAGUAGCAGCAACAACAAUGGUAGCUUUGAGAGUCAUAGCAGUAAGAAACCAACAAAGUCUUUCCUGCACAGAAAAACGGUCCCGAAGCAACCGGUUUCGGAAGACGACGAUAGUAACGCAUUGCUGCAACAACAGCCACCAAAUCACGAGUUUAUUGUGCCGGUGGCAGCCGCCAUUGUGGCUUCGGCAGCGGCUCUGCAACUGACGGCCAGUACGGCAAGUACGCAGCUCGCGACGGUUGGGUCGUCCCCGACGGCGACACGAAAAGGGUUCACCAGCGGACGCUACGAACGGUCCGUUUCGAGGCUGAAACUGUUGCUCGGACACGAGCACUUCGCCGGAGGGAAGAUUCGGGUUACAUGCACCGCCCGGGUAUUCGAUCUGUACGAACGGACGGCCCUGCAGGUGGCCGAUGAGAACUAUCCCCAGGUGCGGGUGCUCUCCAACAGCGACAACGGAGUGCACUUUUCCUUCAUGAGCGAUAAGGACGACGUAUCCUCCUCAGCAGCAUCGCUCCGACGGCACUCACUGUGGUCUACGAUCGGUUCCGUUGCGCUUUCCGGGUGGCUGCCCACUGGGACGAUCGGUGAAAGCAAAAUCCAAGAUACGGGUCAAAUCGACAUCGUCGUCAAGCUGCUGGUGCUGGCUGCAAUCACCAUCACUGCUGCUUCCAUCGCUCUCCUACUAGCGUCGUCGUUGUCCCACUGGAGUUGCGUCCAACCGUCGUCGUCGCGGUUGGACGGUCGCACGAAACGAGCAAUUUUCUAGUCUCAGUGGUAGUCCGAAAUGUAAUCGAAAAAAAAAACUGGAAAAAGAAAGCGGUCUCGAAGGUAACUGAGUGCUGUACAUAGAGUUUCGGAUUUUUGGUUAUCCACUGAGCGCUGCGCUGCUUUCGAUGGAGCCCCGCUACGUAUCCCGCUUCGCUUUCACUCUGUUUCCCGAAAUUAAGCAUAGAUAAAACAUAAAAAAGCAGAAGAUAUAUGCUCACUGUUGCAGGAAAAACGAGCCACGUUUCGAUGUUUAUGGCCAGUUGGAGGAAGAAGCGAAAGAAAAAAAAAUGUAUACCAAUCGAUUGUUGGUGGAUAUGAAGACGCGUGAUGGUUUGUGAUCCCAAACUAAGCAAGGGAAAAUAUUUCAUUUUAGUUUACUGUAAAAAGUUUAGCAUAUAAACUAUUGGUUUUUUGUACCCCCUCAGACUCUGUCUAACACGGUUGCUAACUGUAAACAUUCUAUGGUAUAAGUCAAGUAAAACUAGCUAAUAGAAAAGACAAUUAGAACAAUACAAUCUGCGCUGGCAUGAGUGGAGACGCAAUGGUGUCUAGUAAGAAAAUAAAGUAUUGAAAAAGUAAUAUUUAAAGGAAAACCUGAGGACUGAGCGGGAAGUUGGUUGUACAGGACAAAAGAAAACACAUUCCGUAAAUACAUUCACAGACACAGAAAGAAAAUGCUAUCCAACAAAUCCAACAGUUCCAAACACGUUUCGCUAAAAUCGGAUUAAGCUGACAUAUACACAAAGCAGAACAGUUAAUUGUUGUGAGAUGAACAAAAGUAAAAAAAUAAAAAACAAGCAGAUGGUACAGUAAAAUACUUUGCUGCUGUUACGAAGAAGAGUGAGAGAAAAUUAAAAAGACCGGCAAGAUGUGAAGCGGAGAGAAUUUCAUGUGUUGUAUAUUAUUUGAGAAAGUCUAUUGAAGAAUAAAAAUAUAAAAUUUA